UUGGCACCCAGCUGGCCGGCGGCAGGGAGAUCUCCUCACACUCCCGCACCUGGGGCCUUCUCUGAGACAAAAAAGUGGGCUUCAAAAUGUCCCAGACAAGGAUGAGGGACCAAAAUGAAUCCUCUAACAACUCCAAGAGAGACUCCACCACAGGGUCUCAGUCUUCAAAAGGCUCAAAACAUAGAAAGGAAGACAAACACAAAUGCGUCGAUGGCCCCUAUUUCUGUCCCCCAAGUCUGUAUGGUGGCCUGCGGAAGGUGAUGAUCUGCAUACCCACGCAGGUGGUCUGUCCUUACUGUGGGAACUACGUGGUCACCGUGGCCACGCCCGUCCCAGGACUGCUCUCUUGGGUGCUGUGUUCUGGCAUCAUUGUGCUUGCGUGUUUCCUGGGUUGCUGCUUUCUCCCGUGUUGCAAGUCGAGCCCCGUGGAGGUGAGCCACUCGUGUCCUGUGUGCGACAAGGAGAUCUUCCGCUGCCAGUAG